CGCGAACGUUGUCGUGUCAGUUGAUUCGAAAUCGUGGCCAGAGUUAAACGCCGUCUGCGCGAUCAGCUUCUCUUAAAUUGUUUUCUUGAGGUGUUAAUUCAGCAGAAGAAGAAAUCCUAUACUGCUUACGACCUGUUCUGCGAGUGUAUUGCAAAAAAAAACGAAGAGAAGACGUUUGUGGAGCCAUUGUCUGUCCUAGAAUCUAUCGAUAUAUCUAUAUAUGAUUUUGUGAGAUCAAUUUGGCAUUUUUUUUUAUAAAAUAAGAAAAGAAAAGAAACACGGUGUGUAUGUGAAAAAAAAACUUUUCUCUCCAAACUCUUGUUAAACCAAUAAAACUCUCGCGCAAGAUUUCAUUGCGAUAUAUUGCACAGGAAAAGUUCAAUUUGCUAUAUAGUGAAGUGGUCACACGAAGAGAGAGAGAGAGAGAUUAUUCUCACACGACAUUCCGGAUUUGAUAUUUUAGCCAUCGAGACGCUGCUUUCGUAUAUAUAUUACACUAAUUCACGAGAUAAUAGUCCGCCAACAUUGCGACUAAUAUAUUAUUGCGACCAAAUUAAUAUUUAUGUGUUUUUAAUGAACAAAUUGUGUACUCGUCUCGCCUCAUAAUGCCCUUUUUCCCAAUCAACUGUGACAGUGUUUUUCUUGUAUUUCACGAUCAGCAUACCCCAUCAUCUUCUUACUCUUCCGAAUGUAUUUAAAUGUAUUUAAUUCAAUUCUAUUGAGCUCCGUGGAAUUUAUAUAAAUUUGUCGCGUGUGACUACAGCAAAUGUCACUCUGCCUCUGAAAGUUGUAACGUGAACAGGAAUUCUUGUGUGUGCUACAUAUUCCUUUGAGAACAUUUUUUUGUUCUUGAUAAUUCCUUAACUCCCUUAAUUUUUUUUUUAUUUCAAUAAAUAAGAAAAGAGAAGACACCACAUAAAAGAGAUUUCUCACGGUGUGUUAAGUGGCGUGAAAGAGUGGUUAUUGUGAGAAGAAAAGUUUAGAGCAGAAAAUCAUGGAUUUCACCAUUCUCCUCCCAAUUCUUGCACUUUUGGCUUUUGCUGGUGCUUCAACAGAGCCAAACGAGUGCAGGGAGGUGGUGUGUCCCCAACUUGCCCACAUUGAAUGCCCAGACGAUAGUUACCCAUCGCUACUAGAACCACCGCACAAUAUUGCACCACCCGCUGCUACCUUUGAGGCAGCCGGACGUGUACUGCAGAAACGCUCUCUCGUUCAGUACCAUAAGCGGGAGUCUAUUAAAAUUGUCCCUGGACACAUUCGUAAGCGCAGUGUUCCUGAAACGGAUGAUCCACCUGCUGCUGUGGAAUUAAAUUCCACACAUACGGAUGCUCUAUUUCAUUUAUGUUGCCCACAGAGAGUAUGUUUGUGCCGCUCACAGUGCCCCGAACCAAUUUGUAUUGGUGAUUUGGUGCCCUUGGUGAAGGAUGAGGGGUCACAGCGACCAGGUGAUUGCUGUGCUACGUACAAAUGUGCACGACCACCCAAUUGUGCCCUCCUGGAGCCAGGCUACGAAUGGCGGGAGCACUGCAAGAGGUGCCGAUGCGAGGGAGGUGUUAGUGUUUGUCACGAAGAAGAGGUAUGCCGUAUCAGUGCAACAGCCACGUCUGCCGGAAGGUCUUUCAGAUGUUACUCAAGUCGCCUUGGGAGACACUACUCUGUUGGUGAUCGUUGGAUGGAUGACGAAUGUACGCACUGUGAGUGUCUCCCGGAUGGAGAACCACGAUGUCAGGUGAGCGUCUGUCGGACACUGAUGUGUUCGAAGCAGGUGAAAUCAACUGGAGAAUGUUGCCCACAUUGCGAUAUCAGCAAUACGCAUUUUUGCGAGGGACACGAAUUCUGCAGUAUGGUCUGCAAGAAUGGCUACCAACGUGACAACGUGUCAGAGUGCAAUCUCUGCCGAUGCGCCCAAGAGACACCUCAAUCCGCCUCCGCAUCACCCAGUGCUACCACAGCAUCACCAGAUCAAGAAUCCCCCACCAAUCAGAUGGUUACCUUCAUCAUUGGGAUCUGUGUGGUCGCCCUAGGAUUGACGGCGUGUGUUGUUUGGUGGUUCUGUUGGCGACCUGAGAAGAAAUCCUACGAGACUGUAUCCACGGUGGAUUCACGACAAUCCAGCGAGGUGGCAAAGAGCAAUGGUAUCUCGGGGAUGCCAUAUUGUGAUAUAGUAAGUCUAAAGAUGAAUGUGGAUGGGGAUACACUGAAGAAGACGCUGAGGGAUCAAAAUGGUGCACUCACGAAUCAGCACAAUUACACGUAGAUUUUUUUUAAUUAGUGAGAGACUUUUGUGGCAAAUAAAAAAAUGAUUUUUUUGAAAAGAAAAAAAAAACAACAAAAAUCUGUCAUAACUUGCAAUGCAAACUCCUUAAAAACAAAACAAAGUGAGGUGACAAUUUUUAAUUUUCCAAUUAAAUCAUUUUUGAGCCAUUUAAAAAAAAAAACGAAAUUCCAAAAUUUCUCACCUUUUUUGCAUUUGGCCAAAAAAGUUGUGGAAAGUGAAAAGAAAAAUAAAUGGUCUUGAUCUAAAAGAUUAUAUUAGAGAGAUUUUAUUUUAAAAUUAAGUGAAAAUAUAUAAUUAUAUUAAGAAGAAAAUAAGCAAAGAAAAAAAUACGAAGUGUUAUCUAAAGGCUGCAUUAUUUAGUUAUUUUCAGAAGACGAUAUGAAUGUGAAGCAAACUUGUGUAAAGAUAAAUUAUAUAUAUAUACAUAAUUAUAAAAGUAAAUCGUGUAGAUUUUAGUCUUUAAGAUUAAAAGUAAAAAAAAACAUCCUAUUUGUAAAAAAAAAUGAAACAAUUUUACUGCAAAAUUAAUAAAUAAGGCAUAAGAGAAAGGAAAAAAAACUGUUAAAAGAUUGUAAAAUGUAAAGGAGAAGAAUCACGAAAAAAAUGUAUUAAAGUUGAUCUUGUAAUAAAAUUGCUGUUACAGUAAAAUUUAAAAUUAAAAAAAAAAUAAUAGUAAAAGCAAAAUAAUAAAAGAAUAAAAAUAAUGUAAAUCUUCAAAAUAUAAAAAUGUUUCAUCUCGUUGGAAUAUUAUGAUUAAAAA